UAAUAUGUUAAUCAUGAGUCAAUAUGUUGACCAGACACAUUAUAAAUGUAUCACCAUUAAAUAGAGUAGUAUCAUCUCAGUGUUCCAGAGUUAAAAAGCAAGUACAUAAUGAAAUUUAACAUAGAAUCAACGACAUCAUACAAUAGUAUUCCACCAGUUUAUCAGCAUACCGAACAAUUCAACAAUAAUAUCGAACAUUACCGAGAACGUACAAAGUGGUUUGGUAUUUUUCUUGCAUUUAUAUCGGGAGCAUUUUUUACAAUCAGCUCAGCUCUAGUUAAAGCUAUUAGGAAUGUUGAUCCGAUGGUUUUGCUCGGUAUUCGAGCUCUUCUACAGAUGACAAUAAUGCUUAUCAGUGCAAUAAGACAUGGAAAAAAUUUAUUAGGGCCAAAAGGUUCUCGACUUUUACUUCAUUUACAGGGUGUAGUAGGUGGCAUGACCUUGGCAUUAUUGUAUUAUAGCUUCAGAAAACUUCCUCUCGGAGAUGCUACAACUAUAAUUUUCAGUUCACCAGUGAUUGUCAUUGCAUUAUCGUUCAUCUUUUUAAAAGAACCAUGUGGACUUCUUCGAAUCGUUGUAAUAUGUAUCUUAUUUGCCGGAGUGGUUCUUGUAGCGAAGCCACCAUUUAUCUUUCAAAUGCAUCAUAUGGAGCAUUAUGAUGUUAUGGGCUAUAUUUGUGCAAUUCUUGCAACAGUUUUUACAGCUUUAAACAUUGUAGUGAUGCGAAAAUGUUCAGAAAUUCAUUAUUCUGUUCUUGUUUUCAACUUGUCAAGCUGGAUUCUUUUAUCAGCUAUUUUCUUUUUCUUCGUCGUAUCUGAAGCUCAUCAUCACAUUGAUGCCUUUCCACGAGACUGGAUAACUUGGGGAUUAAUAUUCUUAGUUGCUGUUACGGGACUAUCUGGUCAAGUGCUUGUAACCAAAGCCUUAAAAAUUGAAGGUGCAGGCAAAGUAUCGGUUACUAGGUCUUUGGACAUCAUUUUAGCUUAUAUAAUUCAAGUGUAUUUCUUUGGUGAUGUCCCCAAUUCAACAAGUAUAAUUGGAGCUUUAUUAAUAUUGGGGUCUAUUAUUACAAUGGGAUUUGAAAGAGAGAUUUAUGGAUGUUGUGAUUACAUACCUUAAUAAAAGAAUUGAAGUGAUUUGAUUCAAAACAAA